AUGGCUGCGAGGCACGAGCAGUGGAUGGGCAAGUAUGGCCGCGUGUACACUGACGCCGCCGAGAAAGCACGGCGGCUGGAGGUGUUCAAGGCCAACGUCGCGUUCAUCAAGUCCGCCAACGCCGGGAACAGCAAGUUCUGGCUGGAGGCCAACCAGUUCGCUGAUAUCACUGAGGACGAGUUCAGGGCUACCCACAAAGGAUACAAGCCAGUUGCUGCUGACAAGGGCCGGAGCGCUGGGUUCAGGUACAAUGACCUCCCAGCCAAAAACGAUGGUAGCAUCCCGGCGAACCCCACCACAUGCUUCGGGUCACCGGUUCAGCUUUGUACCUAUGCGCACACAGACACCGUGAUAGAGUGCUUAGAUCCAGCUGGCGGCAGAUUCCGAGGUAGGGCGAGUGAAGCGUGA